AUGGAGGCUGAGAUUAUGCUGUGUUCAAUGCAGGCUCAUCCAGAUAAGAAACAUCUGCGUGAUGAUUCCUUCGAAGAUUAUGAGGAGUUAAAAGCGAUAUAUGGUCAAAAUAUUGCAAGUGGACAAAAUGCUGUGGGAUUAGGAGAUCCCGCUCAUGCAGAUACCUACCAAGUUGAAGCCAUCGAGAGGACAAAUGAUAUGGAUUUUGCUGAAGGGAUAAUACAGCAGCAAGCAUCUGAGCACGAAGUGUUUUCUUCGUCAUCAGAAAAAAGGAAGGGAGAAAAGCUUCCCCAAAGAAAGAAAGCUAGAACUGAUUCAUAUAACAUGAACAUAGUUGAUGAUGAAGUGACAGAAAUCAGUAGCCAGAUCUUUGGCAUGAUACAAAAAAGAUGGUAAAAAGAAGCUGAAGAAAAAGAAGCUGAAGACAAAGCUAACAAUAUUUGGGAUGCUAUCAAAGAAAUUCCUGAUUUGGAUGACGAUUUGCGUUACGAGGCGAUGACGCUUGUUCACAGCUUAGGUAUGAAAUCUGGAUUCGUUAAUAUGUCCAUAACAGACCGUUGUAGAUGGAUCAAACGAAACCUUCGUAAAUCAAGUGGUUGAAUGAGACGCCAUGGAUUGAAGUCAUUAAUGAAUAUGGUUUUUGAUUUUAGAGCUUUUUUUUCCUUCUUUGCCUAUUUGGUAUGAGUUUUAGUUUUUAUGUUUAACGAAUUGCUAUGGUUUUUAUUCUUUGUUUGAACUACACUUUGUGUUUUAUUUAUAUAUUAGUUUUUAUUUGAAGCCAUACCAGUUAAUAGUGUAUUAUGUAUCUCUUGACCUUUUCCUUAUUCUCUUUGAUAAGUUAACAAAAACGUGGAUUUGCAUGUCUUCAUAAAGUUUAACGUUCUUAAAUCUUAAUAGUGGCUGUUGCAGAC